AUGGCUUUCUUAAUCAAGAGCAUGAUCGGGAACCCACUUUCAGGAAUGGGCCUGGGCGGCGGAGGGGACAAGGAGGAGGAGGCCACCCCCUCGGACCCCGCCAAGGCGGCGGGCAUGACGCGCGAGGAGUACGAGGAGUACCAAAAGCAGUUGGUGGAGGAGAAGAUGGAGAGAGAUGCAGAUUUCUUGCACAAGAAGGCAGAGAGGGCCACGCUGAGGGUGUGCCUCAGAGAAAAGUACAGGCUGCCGAAGAGUGAGCAGGACGAAAACAUGAUCGAGAUGGCCGGCGACGACGUGGACGUGCCUGAAGAGCUGCUCAAGAUGGUGGACGAGGACGCCACCGAGGAGGAGGGCAAGGACUCCCUCAUGGGCCAGAUUCAGAACUUGCAGAACAUGGACAUGGACCAACUGAAGGAGAAGGCAUCGGCCACCGUCACCGAGCUCAAGACCAAAGCCGAGGAGAAGUGCGUCGUCAUGUGAGGAGAAAUUUCAAAUGAAAUGAAGCAGAAGAAGAAGAAGAAGAAGAAGAAGCUACCGUGCAAAAACCACCAUUAGAUUUGUUGUUUCAGCAAUGCUAUCAUAACCAACAAAUCAUUCGGUAGAGCAGAGUCUACCACCAGCAUCAACAACAUUUUUAUUUUCCCAUACUUUUGUUAGUGGGUGACUUCCUGGUUCUGGAACAGAUGGGCAUGGCCAUUAUGAUUCAGCCAUCAAGAAUAACUUCCUGUAUCCGCACCACUAUGCAGAGGUUUACUCAACUGUAAUUUAAAUCUUGUGAAAAUGAUUUUUUGUGUUCUUAGCUCAAUUCCCUUGACUAUGUAUCCUACUAUUUGCUCUUAAUUCACUUUGUGACAAAAAUAGAUGUAUUUUUUAAAGUAUGUUGAGAACAACGAAGAUAGUGGUGGCCCAAAUGCGGCGGUAGUUAAAAUCUGAGAAAAAUGCACAUUUCUUAUGAAUUUUCAGAUGAUCACAGACAGCUUUCCUGAUUGUGGCAAUAGACAAAUAUCUAAAUCUAAAUAAAAUAUGAACAAUCAAAUAUGAAAAUGUAAUUACAUUAAUUCAUGCCAGGUAUUCUAAUGUACCAAUAAAAAUGAUAGCCGUGGCUGAAAAAUUGUGUCAAAUUUUAAUGUCACAGCUACCUUCCCUGUUUGAUGAUUAGUUGUAAAAAUCUCAAAUAAAUAAAUCCACCAACUCUAAAGCUGUACAAAAUGUGCUAAAGUUUAAAAAAUAACAGUUUAAUGGAAAGAAUAUAAUUCUAACCCUAUAGAAAAUAACAUUCGUCACACCUUGAUAACCUUCUGAGGGUUGCUUAAAAACUUGAUUUCUCUGUUUACUGUAACAAGCGACACCAUCAUAAUCUCCUCAAUAUUUUUUUUCGGACAAAUACAUUUAAAAAUUGUGUUUUUGUUUCCCUUUCGCUGUAACAGUUAUGAUAUUAGAUCUUAUUUUUUUUCUUGUUUUUGUAUCUGGUGUUUGAGUUAAUUGAGACCAGUUGUAUCUGUUGACAACGGAAAUCAGGCGCUUGUUAUAAUGUUCUCAUUAUCAUAUUAUGAUAUAUAUAUCUAUAUAUUUCAUAACAUCUGCAGCCUAAUGAGUUCAAUAAAUGUGGAUAAGAAUGUGGACCAAAUAAAAAUGUACAUUAUGCAGUAUUUGUGUGCAUGUUUGAUGCUUAAUUAUUCCGGUUUUGCUCGUAUUUCUAUUGACAAAGAGAACAGAUCCGGAUAACUAGAGGUCUGUCACCUUGACAUGGGUGGUCAUGAAGUCCUUUGAACACCUCAUGCUGGACCACCUCAAGAGCGUCAGAGGUCCCCUGCUGGGCCCCCUGCACUUUGCCCACAGAACAAAUAGGUCUGCUGACACGAGGUUCCUGUUUGUGGACUUUAGGUCUGCGUUCAACACCAUCAUACCCGAACUUUCUCUCCUUCAGGGUUCUCCAGCUCAGCAUCUCACCUGCCACCUGCCAGUGGAUUUAUAACUUCCUGACAGGCAGGUGUGUCUGGGGGAGGCCAUAUCAUCCACACACACUGUCAGCACCGGGGCACCCCAAGGUUGUGUCCUCUCCCCGCUGCUCUUUUCUCUUUACUACACAAACAACAGCAGCUCAAUUGACCUGGUUGCCAAACUCCUAAAGUAGGCAGAUGACACCACAGUCAUCGGCCUGAUUGAAGAUGAUAAUGAUGAGUCUGCGCAUCGACAGGAAAUAGAGCAGCAGAAGCUUUGGUGUGGCUGAUACAACGUGGAAAUGUACACGUUUAAGACUGCAGAGAUGAUUGUGGACUUCAGGUAGCAUCCUUCAGUACCCCUGCCCUUCUCACUUUGAAAGUCUUGUGUCAACUGUCGAAACCUUCAAGUUCCUUGGAACUGCAGUCAGGUAGGACCUGAUGUGGAAGACCAGCAUCAACUCCAUCCUCAAGAAGGCCCAGCAGGGGAUGUACUUCCUGCAGCUUCUGUGGAAGCAUGGCCGAGCACAGGAGCUGUUGAGACACUUCUACACAGCGGUCAUCAAAUCUGUACUGUCUUCCAUUUCAGUCCAGUUUGUGCUCCCACAAAAAACAACAAACUCCCACUGCAACAAACAAUCGGGACUGCCGGAAAAAUCAUGGGUACCCCCCCAACUGACCCCUGCUACCAGAACUGAGACAAGAGCAACCAAAAUCCUCUUGGACCAAUCCUGUUGAAUCCUCUGGAUCCUGGUCACCAGCUCUUCCACCCCCUAUUAUUGAUUGAUUGAUUGAUUGAUUGAUUGAUUGAUUGAUUGAUUGAUUGAUUUUUCAGAGACCAAAGAGUCAAAUAAGAAAAGAACAGACCCUUACUUUAUAUUAAUAAAUAUUCCAGUAUUUCACAUCUUGAUUCAGUGAGUUACUGCACUGAUGCAACAUCGUCAGCGAUUAUCUACUUUUCUUUUUUUACAAUGAGCAAAUAUGCAUUAAGAGAAAUGUUGACUAUUACUUAUUAUUAAUACUCGCUUUUAAGCAUUGCGCGAUAUUAUGGCUAUUUUCUCCCAGAUAUGUCGAUUAUGCCUUCAUCGCUGUAUCAUGCUAUUUGCAUAAGUAAGUUAGGGCUAUCUGAAACUAUGAUAUGAUUGUGCAUGUUUGGAUUAAACAUGACAUGAUCACAUUUCAAAGCUAUAAUUGGAUUUUGAAGUAGAGUGGAGAAAUUGCCCCUCGCAGGCACUAAGGAUGAUCAAAAUAAGUGUGAUUAACACCUGGUGGAGUUAAGGUUUUAAUUUAAUUAGGCAUUAUCCAAACAACUUGUCAAUGAGGGGAUGAUUAGGGGUUAGUUGUCAUGGGAGGGGCUAGGGGAUGGGACGUGAGAGGGUUACACGGUCGAUAGUUAAGAGUUUCGCCGGAGCCCAAGAUUGAGCGAAUGCGGAUUUGCAGUCUGAAGAUUAUCGUCUAAUAGGAUCACACGGGGCCCUCGCUCGUCGGCCAGGUCCCUCCCACUCCGUCCGUCCAUUUAUCUAUCGAUGGGUGUUAUUAUUUUUACUGAACUUGUGAUCUGUGACACGUCAAAUCUCACCGCAGAAGAGAUUAUAAAAUGGUCAAUCGUGGGAUGAAUACACAAAGAUGCACUGGACAAAAUUUUAGGUCAAUGUGAUGAAGAGACCCUCCCAAUUGACAACCAAGUACAUGAUUAUAAUAAUAAUUAUUAUUAUGGCAAUUAGCAUUGUAGCUCAUAGUAAAUUUUGUUUUUCAGGUUGUGGGAAUUCAGAAUUAGGAAUUGGAUUGGAGUCUCCAAUUCGUCAAAGUUUAGACAGUAUAAUAUCUCCAACUUUGUGGGAGCAGUUUAGCUGAGACUCUUUUCGUUUUCCUUUGCUAAAACAAGUGUCUGAAAUGACAUACUUGGAUGUAUUUGGCAUGGACGCAAACUAUGGAUGAACUCCAACAUCAGCGUCCUCACAAACAUCAAACAUCGCCACAGAUAAACUCUAAUAGCCUGAACAUAGUCCUCACCGAGUAGUGGAAAGCUAUGUUUUUAUAUAACCCCCCAUUUCCGCUAAGGUCUUCCUCCAAAUACUAGUUGACCAUACAAAACAACAAUGAAUAUAUAAAUACUUUUUAAAAGCACUCAAAAGGAAGCAUUGACUCAGUGGUGUUAAUUAGUGGUGUUAAUUAGCAUCUCUUUCUCCCUCCUCCUCACUCAGGCCGACAAAGCAUGAGGUCACCUUGUACAAUUAGGAAAAGCUAAAUACUUUUAGAGGUUUAAACUCUUUUGAACAACAUCAUGUAAUCCCCUUUAAGAGGGAUUACCACACUGCUGUCAAUCUUUGUUUGUUCCCAAGUGGUUAUCGCUGAAAAUUGUCUUUAUCGUGCGCUUCCCAUUAGGGUCUCACCCCGUACUUAAAAUAUAGGCUCGUUUAAUGGAUCAGAAUUGAAAAAUUAAAGCUAUUCCUGCACUGAGUGUUUAUGGACAUGCGGCCCGCCGGUCAGAGACGGCAGGGCAUAGAAAAUCAAAGCUAUGGGUGGGGGUGAGUGCCAAAAAUGGCUGCCGUUAAAAAAUAUAUAUAAUUUUGGAACAUCGGGAUUGACGAGUUAUUGGCGUGAAUUUCAUCGCACACAAAAUGUUCGGCCACGGUUUGGUCAAGUUUUCUGUUGUAUGAGGUCCCACUGUAUA